AUGGCCUUUCUCUGGCUCCUCUCCUGCUGCGCCCUCUUGGGCUCUGCCUUUGGAUGUGGGGUGCCCGCCAUCCAGCCUGUGCUCAGCGGCCUCUCCCGAAUUGUCAACGGGGAAGAUGCCGUCCCUGGCUCCUGGCCGUGGCAGGUGUCCCUGCAGGACACUACAGGCUUCCACUUCUGCGGGGGCUCCCUCAUCAGUGAGAACUGGGUAGUGACCGCUGCCCACUGCGGGGUCAGGACCUCCGACCUGGUCGUGGCCGGAGAGUUUGACCAGGGCUCAGAUGCCGAGGCCAUCCAGGUGCUGAAGAUUGCAAAGGUCUUCAAGAACCCCAAGUACAACAUGUUCACCAUCAACAACGACAUCACCCUGCUCAAGCUGGCUACGCCCGCCCGCUUCUCUGAGACCGUGUCCGCCGUGUGCCUGCCCAGCGCCGAGGACGACUUCCCCGCUGGCUCCAUCUGCGCCACCACCGGCUGGGGCCUGACCAAGCACAACAACGCCAACACCCCCGACCGGCUGCAGCAGGCAUCGCUGCCCCUGCUCUCCAACACCGACUGCAAGAAGUACUGGGGCAGCAAGAUCACCGACCUCAUGGUCUGCGCAGGCGCCAGCGGCGUCUCCUCCUGCAUGGGUGACUCCGGCGGCCCCCUGGUCUGCCAGAAGGAAGGUGCCUGGACCCUGGUGGGCAUCGUGUCCUGGGGCAGCGGCGUCUGCUCCACCUCCAGCCCUGGCGUAUAUGCCCGCGUCACCGCCCUCAUGCCCUGGGUCCAGGAGAUCCUGGCUGCCAACUGA